GCAGGACACGGAAGCUACUUCCGGAUUUUUCUUGCGGCAGUGCUUGGUGGACACAGAAGAAAAUGUUUCUUUAUGCAAGACAACUGCAGAGAAGAGAUCAUGAAGAAUGCCUUUUAGUGAGACAGCAGUGCUUCUUGCCUGCAUGGGUUGCCUGUCCCACCGACAGUGGACGACGCCGUGGUAUCGAUUCUCACAGAACCUACGGCAGCUGGCUGGCUUUUCAAUGACCACGUGCAAGCCUAGCCGUGCCGCACACGAGAAACUGACUCCACCUGCGAGGAAACCUUUGCUGGCAACUACUUACCGUUUCCUUUGCAUUUUUGUGCAAGCAACUGUGCAGAAACGGGUUUUGUUCUGUUGAAGUGGCCGAGUCACUGGACGGGGGCGAUGUUUGGUUGACGUCGACUGUUCGGGUGUUAGCCAACCGCGUUGGCGAGGGAUCGCGACUCCGUCGUUGUUGAUUCCAACGAAAAGACUGAAUCCGGGAUUUAUCAAGAAGGCACCGCCGUGAACCGUUGCACUGUGCCGUCCAAUAAGGUGUGAAUGCAGUUUUUUAUGGAAACAUGCGCAUCAUCUGUGUGGCGCGCCUAUAUCGCCGAGGGGCGGUGCCGUGCGCACGCAGACAUCCUUUUGUUUGAUGAUGCUCGACGUUGUGUUAGAGAACCAGGUCGUCACGGCGACUGAUGCCCGCUAAGCUCCCAUAUUGUCCUUUCCGACUUAUCUGUAAUCCAUAGUUAGUUCAGGCUCCGCGACACUGCAACGGGGGCUGCCUAUCGUCUUCGGAAUGCAUCAGCGUGUCCCAUCGUCCCCUAAUGUCCGGCGGAAGCUUCAAUCAGGGAAUUCCCAACCUUUUCAAUCUGAAUCUUGUCAACAGAGGGAAGCAAACCGUUCAUAUCAUUUCGCUGGCAUUUUCCUCACCGGCUGUUUCGUCAGGUCACUCCAUCGACCACACUAUGCAAGAGAAGUAGUACCGAGCGGAAGCACAGCGCGUUUAUGAAUUGUGCAGUAACUGUUUUGUAAAGUGUUUUUCCAUCGAACGUGUAGUCCGCGACCGAAACUAGCACGUGCAUAUGCUGUUGACGGCAGUGGACGCCCGACGUUGCACUCCUUAGUCUGCGCAUCAAGCCUUCGACAGCCCAAUGGCGACUGAUUGCUACUCUGUCUCUGGACCCCAGUCCGGAUACUGGUGCUGCAGUGUACCAGAGGAAACUGAAGAAGAAAUCUGCCACCGACGGAAAAGGGAGCAGAUCUUACUGUCGUUGAGCCGCGUCAAGGGGCUUUCCCCGUACUCAAGGGUGGUCCUCCAGCCGGACGUCGACUACGUUAUCGACGAGCUGGAACAGAAGGACGUGGAGGACUCCAAUAAGUAUCUAUGCGGGACGCAGACUUCGGUAUUUUCCAAUAGCGUCGGUCUGCUGAUAUGGCUAGGGUUAUAUGCAGUCGCCAUGUUGGGCCUGCAGUUUCGCCUCUACAGGAUGAUCGGCCAGCUGCCUCUACCAGAGCAAUGGCCAGACCUAGGUCCCUGGGUUAAAGCCACUGCAGAGGAGUACAACGGGAGAUUCGACGCUUACUACAGCAUCGGCAUCGGCGCCAUGAUGCUGGUGAUGACGCUCGCAUUCUCAUCAGCUCGUUCCAAUCUAGGAAGCUUUAUCGACAGGAUGACUAAGCACCUAGUAUGGGUGGCGCAGCAAGAACUCCGAACAGAUAUUCGGGAUUCAGUUGAUCACGACUUUUACUCCUUUAUUAACAGGCUGCCGCAGUACUUCUGCAUUUCGGAAGACCUUACUAAGUCGACUAUUAAAAGAAUUCAUCGACGCUUGCAUACAGAUCUCGACGUUCGCACCUCAGUCGUGGACUUCGAGCUGAAGGGGCCUCUGGCAAUUCGAUACGAAGUGCAGAAGAGGAUGUCGAACAGGCUGUGUUGCUUGUCGUUAUGGUGUUUCUUCUUGCCAUGGCUUCUCACCAUGAUGGCUAACACAGCGCUAGUGCUUCGGGUGUACACCAUGACGUACAAGCAAGACCACGAGAUCAGAGUCAACAGCCCGGAGGUUAUUACGGAAGGAGAAUAUGGAGCCGCUCUUCGUGAUGAAGGACUGCAGCAUAUUGGCUAUGCUUUACUGGUCAACCUAAUCGCAUGGAUCUACUUGUUGAUCGUUCAGCUGAGGUGCCUUACCUUUUACGUUAUCAAGCAUCUGUAUCCUCGGAUCAAUGUCGCUAUCACCUCGUAUUGCGAUCGACUGCUGGCAAGAACCUGGGAAGGUGCAGUGCUCUCGGGAUUAGCAGAGUAUAUCGACGACGUCAAGGCAAAUGUGGGGUUUUUGGAAGAGGAAAUCAGGCUGUCAAUGCCGUCCAAGGAUUCACACCGUUCUCCCACUUACGGUGAACACACCAUUGACCCUUAUCGACAAGGACUUUCAAGUGACUUUGGGUCGGCAAAUGUUGUUGCUGGAUUCGAUUCUCCAGAGCGCACUCUGCUGCCAUCUCAGGCCCGACAUCAGGAUGACUUGACAGUUUCCGCAAGCAGACCACCCUCUUCUCUGCUGUCCCCACGAGUGUCCGACUCCGACCUGUCCAGAAAUCGACGUCACUCUGCCCUCACUGAGCCUCUGUGCAAACUGUCAUCAUGUGAGUCUGCAUAUUCCGGGUCGAAAUGAGCCCGCUGGGACGUCGUGUUACACCCAGAGAAGAUGUGAGUGAUAUUAUCAAUCACUCUAAUGGCUCAUUUUGACAUCUUUUGACACAAAAAAGCGGGAGGCCUCUACACCUUCUGCAAAACCGCAUCCAGAGUGAACCUCAGGUGAUCUUGAGGACACUGUUAUGUGUUUCUUACAUUGUCCAGGCUGACUCUCGAAGCAUUUCGACUAAAGGAUUGUUUACUGCUUUCUCAAUCAUCUACUGAAUUGCACAUGGAUCUACAGGGAGGUGACCAGAGUGUGUUUGCACAGGGUCGGUGCAGCUCUCCGCUUUGUCCUUGUCUCAUCUGUGGCUCUGUGUUGACGAUUCUUAGCUAGAGGAAGUGAAUUUUUGAUUACGAUCUUCUAUUGAUUGAUCAUAGUGAUGAACUGAAGUAACGGAUUAUUACCAGCGCCCCCCUUUUUUGAAAAGCAUGGCAUGGUGAAAGGAGGAUUUGUGUGCUUCGUAUGAUGUGCGCUUAGGACAUGGUAACUCUGGAUGGACUCCAGGUCCUGUGUUUUUGCUACGACUGCGGUCCUGCUGAGUUUCCUGCUGAAUGUCGCCUGCCUGACUCUAACUCCGUGAAUGAGCCGGCACAAGUCACCCUGCAGUUCGUCAUGUCCGCAUUUAGCAUGCGGAAAUACCAAUGCGAAAAGUUUUAAACUUCCAUGUGGCUUGAGUUUUUGUUAACUUGCAUGCCACGUGGUGCAUUCGAAUUUUCGUGAAGAAGACGUUAAAGCUAAGGCAAACUGCCUUUUUAUAGUGUUGACAGCAACUGAAAAUGGCCUAUGGUAAUGAGACAGUAACCGAAAUUAUUGAGCCGACCACUUCGGGCAGAUCGCUGAAAGCAUCAAGUCUGAAGGUGGCAUGUUGUCAAUCAUUCAUUCAGUAUCUAAUCUUUCCGCUUACUCAUAUUUAACCCUGUUAUGGAGCAUAGAUUCCAGACUCUUUCUUGGAAAAAGAUGGGGUCCCGUGAGAACAGAUCGUACAUGUGCCCCCUACCUCCAGCUCGCGUGCAGCUGACUGGGAAACUGCUGCUCCAGGUGUUUGAGCCGACUGUGCAACCUGUUUGAAACUUCGUUCAGC